AUGGUAAAUAAUAUAAUACCCCAAGAAGACAAUACCAGUGAAAUACUUAAAGCUGACUUACUUAAGUAUGAUUAUAUUAACAAAAGAAAUAAAAUUAAAAAACAGCGAACCAACGCUAAUCCAGCCAAUCGACAAGAAAAGGCCAUAAGGUUGUUGAAAGAAGAGCGCCACAACUUGGAGAUCAAAUUGAAAACGAUCACUUGCAACAAAAAUGUAAAGGAUGGUGAAAAGUACAAGGCAAAAUUUGCACAAUUAAUUCGGGAAAUUAAAAAGAGCGAAAUCGAGUUUAACGAAGAGAGAAAAAUCGAAAUGGAAAUCGAUAAAGAAAUACUCCGAUUGGAAAUUGGACAAAAUAAACCCGAAAACCGAAUUAAAAUGGGAAAUGUCAAAAAAAUAGUGUUUGGUGAUAUGAAUAUCGAAUAUAACAAAUUGAUCAAUGAACAGAAUCAAUUAAGAGUAAAAGCUGAAUCGGCUUUGAAACGAUUGCAACAAGUAAAAAUGACUUACAAUUCACUUAUGUAUAAAUUGGAUAAAGGACAACGAAUAUCAUUUGUUCUCAGUGAAGAAGUAAAGAAAAUUCAAAAGCAAAGAGAAUCGAAAAAACCUGAGAAAUUUAUUGAACAGAAUACCAAAUUGUCUGCAUUAAAUGCUGAAGCGAAAGAAUUUAUUAAAUAUUUAAUUUACAUCGCCGACGAGCAAAAUUUAGAAAAAGUUAUGGAAAUAAUUAUAAAGAUGGACCUUGAUAACCAAAGCAUGUUUGAAUUUUUAAUAGCACUUGAUUUACACGUUACGGAGGCUGAGAACGCGAUCGAAAGAUCGCGCACGUCGGUGGUAGACAGGGCGCGCGUACUGUCCGACAUGCGGGCCGCGAAAACGGAACAGCUGGCAAGCCUGGUGCGCGCGUACAAGAGCGGCCGCGCGCUGUUGAGGGAGGCGUGUAGGGCAUCGCGACUGAUGGCGGCCGAAUGGCGGAGGACGUGCCGGGCAGUGGACGAAAUGCGUGACCUGAUGAUGGACGCGAGCGACACCCUGGACCGCGGUCUCAUCGCGGGAGACACCGCCGCCAAUGACGGGGAAGACGACGCGAACGCAUCCGGACGAGGCCGACGGCCACCGAUCAGUGUGGACGAACUGGUCGCGUACUUCAUACCGGUCGAGCGGCGGCUGGACGAAGUGCUAUACAGGGUGUUAUGGACCCAAGACAACCUGUAUGCGACGACGGCAGCGGCGGAGGAGAGUGAGGAAGCGGUCGCCGGUGAGUCCAUGUCCACCGGGUCCGAGCAGGGGGAUGAGUUCGUGGUCCACGACCUGGACGGCUACAACAACAGGCAAGCGAAAAUCCUGGCGGCCACCGACCCUAACGCUGUAGAACUUGAGUUCAAAAUGGAAAAAUUCCACGUGACACAGGACAAUCUUGAACGACGUCGUACGUUCGAACGAUGA